AUGGCGCUGCUCUCAAUGCGGAAGGCGCGUGGAUGCUGGAGCUUCAUCCGGGCACUUCAUAAAGGACCUGAACCAGCUCCCGCUCCAAAGAAAAACAGCAUGGAGCGGAUAUUUUCUGGUAUUCAACCUACAGGAAUCCCCCACCUGGGAAAUUACCUGGGAGCCAUUGAGAGCUGGGUGAGGUUACAGGAUGAACAUGACACAGUGCUGUAUAGCAUCGUGGACCUCCACUCCAUCACCAUCCCUCAAGACCCUGCCAUCCUUCGGCAGAGCAUUCUGGAUAUGACUGCAGCUCUUCUUGCUUGUGGCAUAAACCCAGAAAAAAGCAUCCUUUUUCAACAAUCUCAGGUGUCUGAACACACACAAUUAAAUUGGAUCCUUACCUGUAUGGUCAGGCUGCCUCGAUUACAGCAUUUACACCAGUGGAAGGCAAAAACUGCCAAGCAGAAGCACAACGAGACUGUGGGCCUGCUCACAUACCCAGUACUCCAAGCAGCCGACAUUCUGUCCUACAAGUCCACACACGUUCCUGUAGGGGAGGACCAAAUCCAGCACAUGGAACUAGUUCAGGAUCUAGCACAAGGUUUCAACAAGAAGUAUGGGGAGUUCUUUCCAGUGCCCAAAUCCAUUCUAACAUCCCUGAAGAAGGUAAAAUCCCUUCGUGACCCUUCUUCCAAAAUGUCAAAAUCAGACUCUGACAAACUGGCCACUGUUCGAAUAACAGACAGCCCAGAGGAGAUAGUGCAGAAAUUCCGCAAGGCUGUGACGGACUUCACCUCGGAGGUCACCUACGACCCUGCCAGCCGAGCAGGCGUCUCCAACAUGGUCGCAAUCCACGCUGCGGUGACCGGGCUCACCACAGAGGAGGUAGUCCGCCGCAGCGCGGGCAUCGACACUGCCCACUACAAACUGAUGGUGGCAGAUGCUGUGAUUGAGAAAUUUGCUCCAAUUAAGACUGAAAUUGAAAAACUGAAGAUGGACAAGGAACAUUUAGAGAAAGUUUUACGAACUGGGUCAGCAAAAGCCAAAGAAUUAGCCUAUCCUGUGCUCCAGGAGGUGAAAAAAUUGGUGGGAAUUCUAUAGCAAGUUUGAACCAAUCACAAAAGGCUUUUGUAUCUUGCAGUCUGUGCACUCCAACAAAGGCAGCUUUCCUUCAAAAAUAAUUAAUUAAGCUGGGCGCGGUGGCCCACGCCUGUAAUCCCAGCAACUCGGGAGGCUGAGACAGGAAGAUUGCGAGUUUAAAGCCAGCCUCAGCAAUGGUGAGGUGCUA